GCCUAACCUGGCCGGAAGUGCUUCUUUGAAGAUGGAUGUGUUGCGGAAGCUGCUGUAGCAGAGUUCCCGGUGGAUAUCGGUUUACCUUAUCCUUCACCCUGGUUCUUACCACGAGCCCGACCCAUUUUGGGGCGAGGAAACAGCGGUGACCCUCAGCAUCGCUAUGCACGACGCUUUCGAGCCGGUUCCGAUCCUAGAGAAGCUUCCUUUGCAGAUCGACUGCCUGGCUGCUUGGGAAGAAUGGCUUCUUGUUGGAACCAAACAAGGACAUCUUCUUCUCUAUAGGAUUCGGAAGGAUGUUGGUUGUAACAGAUUCGAAGUAACUCUAGAGAAAUCCAAUAAGAACUUCUCCAAAAAGAUUCAGCAGAUCCAUGUGGUUUCCCAGUUUAAGAUUCUGGUCAGCUUGUUAGAAAACAACAUUUAUGUCCAUGAUCUGUUAACAUUUCAACAAAUCACUACAGUCUCAAAGGCAAAGGGAGCAUCGCUGUUCACCUGUGACCUCCACCACACAGAGACUGGAGAGGAGGUGUUGCGGAUGUGUGUGGCAGUAAAAAAGAAACUGCAGCUCUAUUUCUGGAAGGACAGGGAGUUUCAUGAAUUGCAGGGGGAUUUCAGUGUAUCAGAUGUACCCAAGUCUAUGGCGUGGUGUGAAAAUUCUAUCUGUGUAGGUUUCAAGAGAGACUACUACCUGAUACGGGUGGAUGGAAAGGGGUCUAUCAAAGAGCUCUUUCCAACAGGAAAACAGCUGGAGCCCUUAGUCGCACCUUUGGCAGAUGGAAAAGUGGCUGUGGGUCAGGACGAUCUCACCGUGGUGCUCAAUGAAGAGGGGAACUGCACCCAGAAAUGUGCCCUGAACUGGACAGACAUCCCAGCGGCCAUGGAGCACCAGCCCCCCUACAUCAUCGCAGUGUUGCCUCGAUACGUGGAGAUCCGAACGUUUGAGCCAAGGCUUCUGGUGCAGAGCAUUGAACUGCAAAAGCCUCGUUUUAUUAUCUCAGGGGGAUUGAACAUUAUCUACGUGGCCAGCAAUCAUUUUGUUUGGAGACUCAUUCCUGUUCCCAUGGCAACCCAGAUCCAACAGCUGCUCCAGGAUAAACAGUUUGAAUUGGCUCUGCAACUUGCAGAAAUGAAAGAUGAUUCUGAUAGUGAAAAGCAGCAACAAAUCCAUCAUAUCAAGAACUUGUAUGCCUUCAACCUCUUUUGCCAAAAGCGUUUUGAUGAGUCCAUGCAGGUCUUUGCUAAGCUUGGCACAGAUCCCACCCAUGUAAUGGGCCUGUACCCCGACCUGCUACCCACAGAAUACCGGAAGCAGUUGCAGUACCCUAACCCACUGCCCGCACUGUCAGGGGCUGAGCUGGAGAAGGCUCACUUAGCACUGAUCGACUACCUGACGCAGAAACGAAGUCAGCUGGUGAAGAAGCUGAAUGACUCUGACCACCAGUCCAGCACCUCCCCGCUCAUGGAAGGCACGCCCACCAUCAAAUCCAAGAAGAAGUUGCUGCAGAUCAUUGACACCACCCUGCUCAAGUGCUACCUCCAUACGAAUGUGGCCCUGGUGGCCCCUUUGCUGCGCCUGGAGAAUAAUCACUGCCACAUCGAGGAGAGUGAGCACGUGCUUAAGAAGGCUCACAAGUACAGCGAGCUGAUAAUCCUGUAUGAAAAGAAGGGGCUCCACGAGAAAGCUCUGCAGGUGCUAGUCGACCAGUCCAAGAAAGCAAACUCCCCUCUAAAGGGCCAUGAGAGGACAGUACAGUAUCUGCAGCACCUGGGCACAGAAAACCUGCAUUUGAUUUUUUCCUACUCAAUGUGGGUGCUGAGAGACUUUCCAGAAGAUGGCCUGAAGAUAUUUACUGAAGAUCUUCCAGAGGUGGAAGCUCUGCCCCGAGAUCAAGUUCUUGCCUUCUUAAUAGAGAACUUUAAGAGUCUGGCUGUUCCUUAUCUGGAGCACAUCAUCCAUGUCUGGGAAGAGAUGGGCUCUUGCUUCCACAACUGCCUGAUCCAGCUAUACUGCGAGAAGGUGCAAGGGCUGAUGAAGGAGUACCUGCUGUCCUGCCCUGCAGGCAAAGCCCUGGUCUCUGCUGGAGAGGAAGAGGGGGAGCUGGGAGAAUACCGGCAAAAGCUGCUCAUGUUCUUGGAAAUUUCCAGCUACUAUGAUCCAGGAAGGCUCAUCUGCGAUUUUCCUUUUGAUGGCCUCUUAGAAGAGCGAGCACUCCUGCUGGGGCGCAUGGGGAAGCAUGAACAAGCUCUUUUCAUCUAUGUGCAUGUCUUGAAGGACACGAGGAUGGCGGAGGAGUACUGCCACAAACAUUAUGACCAAAACAAAGACGGCAACAAAGAUGUGUAUCUGUCCCUGCUUCGGAUGUACCUGUCACCCCCCAGUAUUCACUGCCUUGGGCCAAUGAAGUUGGAGCUGCUGGAACCACAAGCCAACCUCCAGGCUGCACUGCAGGUCCUUGAGCUGCAUCAUAGCAAACUGGACACCACCAAGGCCAUCAACCUCCUGCCAGCAAACACUCAGAUCAAUGACAUCCGCAUCUUUCUAGAAAGGGUGUUGGAAGAAAAUGCACAAAAGAAACGGUUCAAUCAAGUGCUCAAGAACCUCCUCCAUGCGGAGUUCCUGAGGGUGCAGGAAGAGCGUAUUCUGCACCAGCAGGUGAAGUGCAUCAUCACGGAGGAGAAGGUGUGUAUGGUGUGCAAGAAGAAGAUUGGGAACAGUGCUUUUGCAAGAUACCCCAAUGGAGUGGUCGUGCACUACUUCUGUUCCAAAGAGGUAAACCCAGCUGACACCUGAGCCCAGCAUCCAAGCAUGCGGCAGUAAACGGCGUGGCUAUACAAGAAAGGUGAAGGAGCAGCCGGCCCAAGAAUCAGGGUCUGCCACCACCAGGUGUCACCCCGUUUUGACACUGCUGGCUUUCUUGCACCCUGGAACAUCUCUGACUUAAUUAGACUCAUGAUCUGGCGUUGUCAGCUUUUUAGUAGAAAAAGAGAUUAGUUGCACCUUCUACCGUUGUGUUGCGGGCAGGUCCAGAGAAUCCGUACCCGCCUGGACAGGAGACCAGACGUCCGUGCCACCAAGUUGUUCAGAGAGUUUGCUGUUAAGAUGAGUGUGUGGUCUCACAGUCUUCAGCAUGGCUGUCUAGAGAGCCCCGUGGGAGGAUAGUACCAGAGCCCCCCAGCUACAAAGAAUAAGUGGCCGGUUGUCUAUGUCAUGCCAGUGGUUUCACCACAGCAGUGUGCCCUGUGUACCCCAAAGACUCCCUGCUUGUCUCUUUAGUUGUCAUUCUCCUUUUUACUUCUAUUUAUUUCCCACUCCACCCCCUUUAUCUCUUCCUUCAUGGCGACACACAGACUCUCCUCCGCUUCGAGGACACAAGGGUUAGCUAAUAUUUAAAUGAGGUCAAAUGAGAAACGAGGGAGUCUUUAUUUGCAGGAACACACUGAAAUGGCCAGGUACAUUGUGACUAGGUCCCUUUGGCUGUGCACUGUCUGCCCAGAAGCUUGGGGAGCACCACUGUGUGCCCAGAAAAGGACCUUGGCACCUGCCCUUGGGGACACAGCACAGUACAGUUUUGUGACCUCUGACAAGGUCCUGUGGAGGCACCCCCUCCUGCCUCACUCCCUAGCUGCCCUAGCAGGUAGCAGCAGAGUCUUCUGAGCUGUGGAUACCUUGCUUUGUACUGUGGGUCUUGCCCUCUAGCCUUGCAGCAGGGCCUGGCCAUCACUCCUUGCUUUGUUCUGUGAGGAUUGGAGGAUGGCACCAGAAGGUAGAUCUCUGGCACAAUGGGAAUGAUCAGCUCGGGAACUAUAGUGAUGUGAUUUUGUGAUGGGGCAAGGAAUGACAGAGCAAUGCAGGUGGUGGGCAGGAGCCUGUGGGUCUACAUAGGAACUCCCCCAGCUCCACUGGGCCUGUGGGGACCCUACCUGCCAGUGGUGCACAGGUGGGGCCUAGAACCACAGGCUACGUGGGACAUGUGGUCCUGCAUCCUGUCCUCCCCAAGCUUCUUGUACACUUGUAGUCUUCCUGCUUUGGUGCCUUUAAAGGCAAUAAAGAUGGUGAUGGUUCCCAGCACUGAUGCUGUCCAGUGGCCUGGCCUUGACAUCCUGAGGCUUUGGUAAACCGUACUGUGCCAUGCUGUGGGCUGACUCACCGGGCACAAGUGGACCGGGCUGCUCAGGCAAGCUCUUAUGGAGGUCAAAAGUGACCAAGAGAGAACAUGAGCAGCAUUUGGAGCAGCAGUACCACCACCACCCAGGAGCAACAGUGCUGCUAUGGCCCCAGCAGACUGUGACCCUCCAUGAAGCGCCUGAUGGGCCUGCAGCAGGGCCAGAACCUCCCUGCCUUCCUGGCCUGCUGCUCUGUAUCUUCCAUUCUUGCGACCUGUGGUUGACACAGUAAAAAACAUACAAUAAAGACUGUUCCCUUUCCACUGUUUUCCCAAACUCCACCCUUCCUUCCCAGAGAGACAACCGCGCUAUUGCGAGGACUAAUGGAGGUUUCUUAACACUCAUAAUAAACAUGACCAAGUAAGAA